UAAUGAACGUAUUGUAUGUAUAAUAUGUAUCAAUAAUUGUGACAAUUGUUUAUAGUUUUUCAUUGUGUUGUCGACAACUUGUGGACCCAUUUGUUGUGAUAAUCUUUGUAAAAGUGAUGCCAAAAGUAAGACGUGCCCGAAAUAAGCCGCCACCCGAAGGCUGGGAACUAAUUGAGCCGACUCUAGAAGAAUUAGAGGCUAAGAUGAGAGACGCGGAGACAGAAUCACAUGAAGGCAAACGAAAGACAGAGUCUUUGUGGCCGAUCUUCAAAAUACAUCACCAAAGAAGUCGAUAUAUUUACGAUCUCUUCUAUAAACGGAAAGCAAUUUCUCGUGAAUUAUAUGAUUAUUGUAUUAAACAACGGAUUGCAGACCAGGCGUUGAUCGCGAAGUGGAAGAAACAGGGUUAUGAAAAUUUGUGUUGUUUGAGAUGUAUUCAAGUAAGAGACACCAACUUCGGGACCAAUUGUAUUUGUCGGGUCCCGAGAGAGAAACUUGAAGACCCAAAUACAACCACUCGUGAGUGCAUCCACUGUGGAUGUCGUGGCUGUUCUGGUUAGACAUGAUAUGUGAUCAAUAGAUUAAUAGCCAUUCAAUUGUUUUUAUUACAAAUAUUACUUUC